CGGAGGAGGGACAGGAAAGCGUGACAUGCAGCGUGCGAGGAGGGAAAGGCAGGAUCCACCUGGACAGCCCCAUAAAAACCUCCUGCAUCCGGGCCGAGGAGAUCACACAACGAGACUGAAGGAUUUGGGGACACGCUGGUUGCCACCACCGGGGCUGGGUGGCUUUGGCAGGUGGCUCUGCCCCAGGAAGGGGAGGAGGCUGCGGCACUCCCAGCCCGGCUGGCGGCCGCGAUGCUCCAGUCCCAGUUCAACCCAGCGGCCGUGCAGGCAGUGAGGGCACCCGGGCACCCCGUCCAUGGGGCUGACGCUGCUGCUGCCCCACACAGGCUUGGCGGGGAGAUGGAGGAGGACAACAGGACGGAGCUGUGGCACCGCAGCCUCCAAGCAAUGCUGGAUGCCUUGAACCAAACCUUACACGGGACCAUCCUCCACCCCAGCACCCCACACAAUGCCAGCACCCGUGCCAGCCGGGAUGACAAUUCCUACCUGUACAUCCUCUUCGUCAUGACGCUCUUCGCAGCCACCGUGGGCAGCCUCAUCCUGGGCUACACCCGGUCCCGAAAGGUGGACAAGCGCAGCGAUCCGUACCACGUCUACAUCAAGAAUAGGGUCUCCAUGAUCUGAGCUUGGUGCCUCCUGCAGAAAGAACCCCACUGUGCUGAGCCCUGGUGUGAGGCGGGAGCACCGGUGUCACCUGCAGGCAGGUCCCGGUGCCACGGAACCACCACAGUUGGGGACGUGGGGGUGGUGGAGAUGUCUACUUUCCCACUGUUACCAUGACUUACUGAGGCUGGCACGGGCUGUAAAAGAGGAAAAUUCCCUGCUCAGACCAGCCAGCAUCACCUUCGAAGCACACUCUGCACUGCUUAGCGUAGGUUUUUCUGGGGCUAAAAGCUGUGAUUUCAGAGCCAGGCUGAACCCCGCUUCACUGGUGGGGAAUUAAAGGAGGUGGUGGUUCUUGA